ACAGAGGGAGCCGCCGCGGACCUUGCAGCGCUGGAACUGGCUCGACUCUCCCAGGCAGUUUUUGAAGUCAGCAAAACAGAAAUCGAAUUACUAUGAUGCUGGUGGACGCUCAGGGACAAGGGGCUUUCUGCCGGCUUAAUCGCCACGAGAGAUGCAGCGAGUCACACAACAGCCAAGUGUGUCUACCGUGUGGACCCCGAAGACCUAUGUAAGUUGUAGCGCUCUCAGGCUGCUGUAUUUUAUUGCCGUAUAAUUCUCUUGCUGGCUUGAAAGGCUGCUUGGCCGAAAUGCAAUCGUUUCAAUGAGAAUUUCUAGAGUGGAAAGUUGUCUGCUGAGCUUUGCUGAAGACUUUUUCUUUCUUUGAUUAACGAAGCCACAUGAUACAAGCUGACAUUCCUGCCGGCAGCCGUGGCGAUUCAGCCUAAGACCGACGGAGAACUAUAUCCCAAAGUACAUCCAAUUACUAUGGAAUUAACCCUGGAUGUAUUUUUAAUUGACUGCCAGGGUAGAGUGUCUACAGCCCCACUGUUUUGGAUUGCUUGCUGUUUUAAUGCUGCUGUGGUUCAACGAGUAAUGAUCAGCAAAACCAACUGAAUGAGACAGAGCUAAGAGAGAUUCCCGGGGGUUACAAAACUUUUUUUUGGCCAGGAUCACAUUUUUCUCCCUGACUGCUAAAAAAAAACUCAGCAACCUCUAUGUUAAAAGUUCAUUCUGCUUUUUUGUCCUUGCUUUGGAGAAAAAAAUGAAAUCAGACAAAGGAUUCUACUGAAAUUGUGAAGGAAGGAAGUAUAAGGAAGCCACCGCAGUUCUUUAACUACGAUUGUAAUAAUGGGAGGAAAAGAGCCAACCAAAGGAGCCCAGCACGUACGCCAGCCUCAGUGUGACAGAGCAUGGGGACAUAAAGCUGAAUGGUGAGCAGAGCCUGUAACUCAGUUUUUCGGCACUUCAUCUGCUACAAGUUCCAGCUUAGAGAUGGAUAUUCUCUGUGAAGAAAACACUACUUUGAGCUCAACUACAAACUCCUUAAUGCAAUUAAAUGAUGACACAAGGCUCUACAACAAUGACUUUAACUCCGGAGAAGCUAACACUUCGGAUGUGUUUAACUGGACAGUGGACUCAGAAAAUCGAACCAACCUUUCCUGUGAGGGCUGCCUGUCACCACCCUGCUUCUCCUUACUUCAUCUCCAGGAAAAGAACUGGUCUGCUUUGUUGACAACUGUAGUGAUUAUUCUAACCAUUGCUGGAAACAUACUUGUCAUCAUGGCAGUGUCCCUAGAGAAAAAGCUGCAGAAUGCCACCAACUAUUUCCUGAUGUCACUUGCCAUAGCUGAUAUGCUGCUGGGUUUCCUUGUCAUGCCCGUGUCCACAUUAACCAUCCUUUAUGGGUACCGGUGGCCUCUGCCUAGCAAGCUCUGUGCCGUCUGGAUUUACCUGGAUGUGCUCUUCUCCACGGCCUCCAUCAUGCACCUCUGCGCCAUCUCCCUGGAUCGUUAUGUUGCCAUCCAGAACCCCAUCCAUCACAGCCGAUUCAACUCCAGAACUAAAGCAUUUCUGAAAAUAAUUGCUGUUUGGACUAUAUCAGUAGGUAUAUCCAUGCCAAUACCAGUCUUUGGGCUCCAGGAUGAUUCGAAGGUCUUUAAGGAAGGAAGUUGCUUACUCGCCGAUGAUAACUUCGUCCUGAUUGGCUCUUUCGUGUCCUUUUUCAUUCCCUUAACCAUCAUGGUGAUCACCUACUUUCUAACCAUCAAGUCGCUCCAGAAAGAAGCUACUCUGUGUGUGAGUGAUCUUGGAACACGGGCCAAAUUAGCUUCUUUCAGCUUCCUGCCUCAGAGCUCCCUGUCUUCAGAAAAGCUCUUCCAGCGGUCCAUCCACAGGGAGCCAGGCUCCUACGGCAGGAGGACUAUGCAGUCCAUCAGCAACGAGCAGAAAGCUUGCAAGGUGCUGGGCAUCGUCUUCUUCCUGUUUGUGGUGAUGUGGUGCCCCUUCUUCAUCACCAACAUAAUGGCCGUCAUCUGCAAAGAGUCCUGCAACGAGGAUGUCAUCGGAGCACUGCUCAAUGUGUUCGUUUGGAUCGGUUACCUCUCCUCAGCAGUCAACCCGCUAGUGUACACACUGUUCAAUAAGACCUAUAGGUCGGCCUUUUCCAGGUAUAUUCAGUGUCAGUACAAGGAAAAUAAAAAACCAUUGCAGUUAAUUUUAGUGAACACUAUCCCAGCCUUGGCCUACAAGUCUAGUCAACUCCAAAUGGGACAAAGAAAGAAUUCAAAGGAAGAUGACAAGACGACAGAUAACGACUGCACUAUGGUUGCUCUAGGAAAACAACAUUCACAAGAUGCUCCUACAGAUAAUAUCAACACAGUGAAUGAAAAGGUUAGCUGUGUGUGAUGGACUGGUUGCCAUGGCAACUGCGGAGGGCACACUGAGCAAUUUUCCCCCUAUCUGGGAGGAAAAAGAAAAAAGAAAAGAAAAUAGGGAGACUGGAAAAAAUUAGGCCAGUCUAAUGGAACCAACAAUAAUAUCUAUAUGCCUCAUUUUAUUAUGUCAGUGAAAAGCAGGGUUCAAUGCCACAAAACGUGCACUUCAAAAAUAUUCUGACAGCAUUUCAGCUGUGAGCUUUAUGAUAUUAUUUUUAACAUUGUAAAUUAUAUGUCUUUAAAAUAAUUAGCUUUUAUUGUGUAAUUACAAUGAGGCCAUAAAUAAAUCUAAAUUAUCUUCUAUUUGCAAGUGUAAAACUUGCUACUGUGUUCUUAAUUGAUGGCAUGAGUUGGUUACCUGUCGCUGUGAACAAAAAUAGCUCUAAAUAGUGAAACAUUGGAUGAAUAUAAUGGCCUCUUACAUAAAGAAAAAAUUCUCUUUAAAACUUACCAUGAUACACGUUUUGGAUGACAACAAAAAGACACUAAAGACGGUGUUAUGAAAUCUGUAUUGCUAAGAUACUUAAAAGAAAUACUUGACAACUUUUUCAAUCCUGCUUUUUCAUAGAUGCCAUUUUGCGAUAUUCACAAAGUUGCUGGCAUUUGCUGCACUUCAAAUUAAUUCUUCUCAGAAGUGAACAAGAUUUUAAGUGUUAUUUAAUAACUAUUGCUGCUUUCUCUUCUACUACUUGUGCUUUAUUCUGAAUUUCCAGUGUGGUCUUGUUUAGUGUUUGCUCUAUUAGGUAAACUAUCAAAAGGAUAAUCAAACAUUACCAGAUACAUUUCUAGAAAUUGCUUCUCCUAACAGCACCACAGAAGUGUUUGGUAACUUGCCCUUUAAUGACUGCAUCAUGCCUGCGCUCCUCUGAGCAGUAAGUGGUAUUGAUGUAACUGUGUCAGGAUUGAGGAAUAAAGUCAGGUUUUUGGCUACUGACAGAAGUAGAGUCUUAGGACAUCUCUGUAAAAUGCAGGUGACCCACCUGUUGGCACCCAUCAGAUAAAUCGAUGCUUUCAGAUCAAUCUAUAUUAUUUACUAAAACUGUUCGGCUUUGGAUUCACAAUCAUUGAUUGAGUGUACACCAUCUGUGAAGAAAUUUCCUAGGUACUAAGGAUAUAAAAAUAAUUAAAACAAGAUCUUUGCCUUUAAAGAAAAGGACCUAAUUUGAAUGGCACUUAUCAAAAAUAGUAAUUAACAGACAUUUGGAAAAUCAGGUCAAUUUAUUUCCUUCUCACCUGACUCAGAAACAAGUUUAUUUCAACUCCAAGGGUAGUUUUCUCGUAAGUUUCCUGACUGGUUGCCAACGAAUACCAACCAAACAAAGGAGGGGGAAAAUACCACUUGAGGUCAAAAUCUGCAAUUAAUUUAGGAAUAUGAGCUUCAACCUGGACCCCAACUAUGACUACCAUAGUUUUGAGCAAAAUUUUAUUCCACUUUCCUGAAAACAAACUCAUUUAUUACUCACUGACGCUGGACAUCCCACCCCCCAAAAAGCAGUAAUAUAAUAUUUCAUAGAAAAGUCUGUUAAGGAGACAGAGAUUAACAGCAGUUAAUUCACCUUGAUAUUAUUACUCUAGGUUAAAUUGCACAUUCUUAUUGGAAUGGAUGUUAGAUAUGCGAUUACAAUACUGAAGCAUUUCUAUUGAAUGAGAAAUCGUUUUUGCUGUACGCCAUUAGAAAAAACUAUAUAUUUGAAAACUAAAGAAUGUGGGAGAUUCUGUUGCGUAAUUUGGAAAUGCAUUAGGUCUGUCCUAAUUAUGUCCUUUUAGGUACAUUGAAAGGGGUUUUUUUCAAAGCUAGAAUUUAUAAUAAGCUGCUAGUAUCUAGGCUGCAUUUGAACUAAACUAUUUUCAUAAUUAUACCAUACUAACUGAUACAAAUGUUAAAAAGUCUCUACUCUAAUGUAUUUUGCCUUAGUUUAUAACUCUGCCCAUCUCAUUAUAUAUUAGAGAAAAGACUACAGAUUCUACACCCAUAUACUCAAUCUUGAUGAGAAUGAACAUAAAUACUGCCUGAUAAGUCUUUUGACUACAUAUAUAUUACAAAUGUGUUAUGUUUUUUCUCUCCAUAAUUAUCUAUUCAAGUGUAUAUAGACAAACAUGUAUCUGUAUUCUUGUACAGACAUGUUCCCAUGCACUUUAUUCAGUAUUUAUAUAUUUAUAUGGAGGAAAAGCAAGUCAUUAAUGAAAACACAGUAUAUACACGUGUGCAUGUUUGUAUCAUGUCAGUUUAAAUGUGAAUUUCAUGUUCUAAUGUUUCUAUGACCUUCCAUUGCUGUCAAAGCAGAUUUAAAUGUAACAGAAAUGUCAGCUCU